AUGUCGUUCGACAUCCCGCUCUCCGCGUACGGAAGACGCGUCGGGCCGUCGCGCUUCUCCGCUGGCCCGCUGCAGGAGGUUAUGAAGCAGGAGGGCGCGCACGUCAUGGCCCAGGGCGUGCCGCCGGUGACAGCCUUGCCCAUCGCUAGCCUUUCGGCGACGCUCGCCGACGGCAGCACUGUCGAGCUCGAUGCCGUUGAGACCCGCAACGCACAGCGCUACGCGCCAUUCGCGUGGGCUCCGCUCCGCUCGUGGCUGCUGGAGCACGUGCGAGAGCAGCACAGCCCGCCGAGUGAGCACUGGGACGUGAGCAUAACCGCUGGCUCAAUGCUCGGGAUCGACGCGGUCUUGCGCCUGCUGCUCGACCCGGGCGACGCCGUCCUGUGCGAGGAAUUCACCUUCCUCGCGUCCAAGGACAACCUCCUCGCGGCGGGCGCCACCCUCCUCCCGCUGGCGAUGGACGAGGACGGCCUCCUGCCGAGCGCAGUCGAGGAGGAGUGCGAGGCGCGGCUGGCGGCGGGGCUGCCGCUGCCAAAGCUGCUCUACACGAUCCCCGUCGGCCAGAACCCAACCGGCUCGCGGCUGCGGCCGGACCGGUAUGCCGCCGUCUACUCCGCCGCGCGCAGGUACGGGCUCGUCAUUGUCGAGGACGAUGCUUACUACUACAUGCAACACAGGGCGGCGCGGCCCGACAUGCCCCUGCCCGGGCUGAGUGGGCUCGGGCCCAGCUUCCUCUCUCUGGACGAGGACGGGCGCGUCGUGCGCCUCGACACCUUCUCGAAGCUCCUCGCGCCCGGCUUCCGGCUCGCGUGGGUGGACGGGCUGCAGUACAUGUCGUCGCAGUGGGGCAGCACGCUCUCGAUGCUGCUGCUCGCAAAGAUGCUCGCGGCGCCCGGCUGGCUGCUCGGCCACGUCACGGCGCUGCAGGCGGCGAUGCGGACGCGCUGCCUGGCCCUCCUCGCGGCCGCCGAGGAGCACCUCGGGGGCGUCGCCACCUGGAGCGUGCCGCAGGCGGGGAUGUUCCUAUGGCUGACCCUGGCGGCGGACUACGAGCCGGGGCCGCUGCUCGAGGCGUUGAGGCGGCACGGGGUCGCGGUGAUUCCGGGCGAGAGCUGCGCCGCCGCGCCGCCACCGGCGGGCCGCCGCCACUUGAGGCUCACAUAUGUCAUCGACCCCGACCAGUACAAUGAGGGCGUUAGGAAGGUGGCGCGCGUUCUCGGUUCUGCGCGCGUGAACAUCUGA